AUGUAUGGUUUAGGAAAUGCUGAUGAUACGGAGGUUGAUGGGGAUCAUUUACACCGUCGUCGUAUAAACCCUAAAAUCCGUUCUCUUCUCCCGAUAAACCCUCGUAUACUCUCUAGGGUUUUAGAUUCAGCCCAUCAAAAGGUCAGAGCAAUGGCCUUCUUUCGAAAAGCUGGUAAUAUACUAAGCCGAACUGUGAGUAAUCACAUCAGUCAGGAAAUCUCAACAUCCAAACCCUCCAUCUUUCAAGCAAUAAGAUGCAUGUCAACCUCAAAACUCUUUAUUGGAGGACUCUCAUACAGCACAGAUGACUCAGGUCUGAGAGAGGCUUUCAGUAAAUAUGGAGAAGUUGCCGACGCAAGGGUGAUUGUUGAUCGUGAUACUGGCAGAUCUCGAGGAUUUGGCUUUGUUACAUUUUCUACUGUUGAGGAUGCAUCUUCUGCCAUCCAGGCCUUGGAUCAACAGGAUCUUCAUGGUCGUAGAGUAAGGGUGGCUUAUGCAAAUGAAAGGACUCGUGGUUAUGGAGGUGGUGGAGGCUUCGGCAGUGGCGGCUAUGGUGGGAAUUAUGGUAAUGAUGGUGGCUUUGGAGGGAACUAUGGUAGUGGUGGUGGUGGUGGUGGCUAUGGAGGGAACUAUGGAAGUGGUGGUGGUGGAUAUGGAGGGAACUAUGGAAGUGGUGGUGGCGGCUACGGUGGGAACUUUGGUAGUGGCGGCAGCGGUGGAGCCGGUUAUGGGGGCAAUUUCGACAAUGCUGCAGGUGGUGAAGAUGGCUACACUGGUGGUGGCGCAGUAGGUGGUGGUGGCGCAGUAGGUGGUAGUGGCGGCAGCUAUGCAAGCAAUACUAGUUAUGGUGGCGGGAAUCUACCUGGCAGUGAUGGUCAGAAUUUUGGUGUUGCUGGAGGUGGUGGGGGCAGUGACAACCUUUUCACUGACAAUAACGUGGGUACUGACAGCAAUUUUGUAAGCAGCGAAGUGGGUCAGUUCAAGUUUGAUGCGGAAGAAAGCAGAAACACAGAAGGUGCAGCUGACAGUUAUAGCCAAGGUGAGCCCGUGGAAGGAAACUACAGAGAUGACGAUGAUACCCCUAAUAAUUUUGCUGAUAGAAGGGGCUAG